CCUUCGAGAACAAAAAUGGCGCUGUCGAGAGUUGGUCUGAUGCGGCAGGUUCUAAAAAAUGCUGUCAAAAGACCAGCGAACCAGCCAAAAAGGGAUUGUGGCUACAUUUAUAGACCAACAGAGAGUGUAAAAGAAGGAGCUCACGAAUAUUACAUCCCAGAAUAUAAAGCGGUGAUUGAGAAAGAAUACAAGACAUCACUCAAGGUAUCCAUCCCACUUCUGAUCACAGGAAUGGUUCUAACCAUACUGACUGAGGAACACUCUGAAGAGCGUCCUGAGUACCUCCCUUAUGAUUACAUGUACAUAAGGAAAAAUCCAUUCCCCUGGGGAGAUGGAAACCAUUCAUUGUUCCAUUGUGAUGACAGUAACCCUAUGCCUGAUGGAUGGCCUGAAAAAUAAGCCAUUUUCAGCACUAGACAAAACUUUUUUCGAUAGAAAAACUUUUAAGACAGUGUUUGUAACUAAGGAAUGCCAUGGUCAAUCUGGCUGAAGCAUUUUAAACUUAAAAUAUGGAACUUUUGUUUUGUGAUUAAAUAAACUUAUUUGUUAAA